AUGUCCCCAUUCACCAAAAAGUUUACCCAUACCCAGCAAUGUACGGUACUUAAGACACAUUUUGAUUACACCAAGGUAAACGGAUUAUUAACGCAAGAAAACAUAAUGGGAAAGAUCCAAGAGGUCUACAAAGAGCAUUUCGGAAGCAAAAGGGCAUUAAAAAUCCGCUUUACCCAGAAAAUAUUGAAAGACAUCAAAGAAGACGAGCAACAGUUGGACGUUAUCAAAAACGAACAUUUAAGAGCACAUAGAGGUGCAGAGGAGAACAAACAGCAAAUUAUCAGAAGACUUUUACUACCGCUCAUCAUCCAAGGUGGAGCUUUGCAAACGAAACACGAUGCGACGAUCGACCUACGACACAUGGGACGACAACCAAUCUUGAUCUUUCAUCAAGGCGAAGCACGACUCAGACUGGACUACAAAUACUACAUACACCAUUUCAAUCUCACCGUAAUUAAAACACAAGUCAGAAGCCUCCGGGAACAGUUUAAAAAUUUUAGCAAAAAUGAGUUUACCGAACUAAUUAUUGAAAAAUUUAGCGAGAUAGAUUUUGCUCUCAAAAGUAUAGACCCAGUCAGACGACAUAAACGAUGGGAUAGUUUAGGUACAUUUUGGAAAUUCUUAGCCGGUAAUCCGGAUGCCAAUGAUUUAAUGAUUAUUAAUUCUUCCAUAAACGACCUCAUUACUAACAACAACGAACAAGUUAAAAUUAACCGCGAGGUAAAUCUUCAGUUAAAGGAGGCUAUAUUUCAGACUAAGAAGGCCAUUGAAUUGUUUAACGUUGGAUCAGUUGAAAUGUAUUGCACGAGAAUAUUAUUCUAUUUAAAUUAUUUGUCAGAUAAACUAGCUCAAAUAAUUGACACCAUCAUGUUAGCAAAAUUAGGAUUAGUUAACGAAAAAAUUCUGAGCCAAAGAGAAAUUGACAUUUUAAUUACCGAUCUAGCUAGGGAAAACAUUACAGUUCAAACCGCAGUGGAAGCAACAAACUACGCAAUGACAUCAGUAGCAUCGAAUAACCUGGAGAUCGCCCUUAUCAUCAAAAUGCCAAAAUUAGACCCAAGAGUCUUUAACAAAGUACGUCUGUUCCCAGUCAUCCAUGAAAAUAAGCAGAUACACAUACUCCAUCAAUUUUAUUUAUCCCACGACGAAAAAAUUUAUCAAAUAAACACAAUCGAACCAACUAUAUUCGAAAUAAAAGAUAUACGUCUAGAUAACACAACCUGCAUACCGAGGUUGUUGAAAGGAGAAUCAGCGACCUGCAAUUAUACAUCAAAUCCAAUGGAAGAAGAAAUUACCUUCCUUGAUGAUCAACACAUAUUUAUAAACACUAUGAAAAACUUUACGUUGACAUCAAACUGUGGUGUAACAAACAGAAAACUCUCAGGCUCUUUUCUGAUAUCCUUCAACAAUUGCCAAUUACGUAUCAACGACGUUUUGUAUACGUCGAGAGUCAAAACCUUACCAGGAAACCCAAUUCAGCUACACCUAGACGGGGUAGAAAUAAAAAAGCAACAGGAUAUUUUAAAUAUUAGUGUGGAGCACCUUCACAAACUUCAAACCGAAACCCGGAAAGACUUGGACCUAAUACGUUUGAAAAACAAUAGUUGGCAUUUCCUUAACUGGAGCAUCUGGAGUAUCAUUGGGGGAAUGAUUUCGCCACUCAUAAUUUGUACUUUACUCCUUUUAAGUUUUCUCAUCUACAGAAACAGGACUAUUAAACUCAACAUUAACAACACCACUCGAAACCCGAAUCAAGCAAUAGAACCAGAAGCAGUAUCAUUACCAAUAGAAGAGGGUCGACCCAACUUCAGGAUUUUGACCGUUAGAGACAGCCUCAAUGGCACUGAGGCUAUCUGUGAAGAUGAAGUAAUUGUCUAUGGGCACAGUUUCGAUGAUCCCAAGGGAGUAUUGAAUGGCAGCAAGUUCUGCGACAUAAACGGAAGCAGGAGCAUCGAGUUUGAAGGAGGCAGUAAAAUUUUCGUUGAAGACACCGAAGCCAGUGGACUCGUCGAGUUGAUCCGGGAUACCGGAAGUUUCUUCUUUCAUGGUGGUGUCGAAGAAUAUAGCAGACUUAGAAGUAUCUAG